AUGAUCUCAGCGACGACGUGGGUUCCGAGAGGUUAUGCUUCCGAGUUUCCGGAGAAAUAUGAGUUAGACGACGAGGAAAUGGAAAGAAUCAACCAGUUGGCUCAGUUGAACUUAGAAGAUGCUCGAGCUGAUCUCGAAGAUGCCGAACAGGAGGAGGAAAGUAACGGAAGGACCGCGGUGAAUACAAGUAAGUUGAAUGACGAGUGGGCUAUGGAUGACGAUUUGAAAGAGUAUGAUCUGGAGAACUAUGACAACGACGAAGAGGAAGGAGGUUUGCAAGUGUCGAUGUUUCCCGGAUUGUCGAAUGAAGAUGUCAAGUUCCAUGAAGCUGAAGAUGGGAAAGAUGCUUAUAUUUCCUUACCUACGCAGGAGGAAACUGCGGAGGAGAGGGCAGAAUUGCAAGUGUACCCGACCGAUAACAUGAUCCUGGCUACCAGAACCGAAGACGACAUUUCGUAUCUGGAUGUCUACGUUUACGACGAUGGCGCUGGGUUUCAUGAUGAGAGCAUUCCGGUCGAAGAGGGUGAUGAGGCAGAUCCGGACGUUGGUCGCGGACUGGUACGUGAUAGUUCGCUGUAUGUGCAUCACGACUUAAUGUUGCCUGCAUUUCCGCUUUGUGUGGAAUGGCUUGACUACAAGCCAGGCUCAAAUUCUGAAGAUCCUGCUAAUUACGCUGCGAUAGGUUCCUUCGAUCCUCAAAUUGAGAUCUGGAAUCUGAACUGUGUUGAAAAGGCGUUUCCAGAUGUCAUUCUUGGAGAACCGGAGAAUCAAUCGGGUGCUACAAGCUCGAAGAAGAAGAAAAAAUCAAAGAAGGGCAGGCAGCACGUCACCACUCAUCACACAGAUGCCGUGCUUUCACUUUCACACAACAGACAAUUCCGUACUGUCUUGGCAUCUACAUCUGCAGACGCGACGGUGAAGCUUUGGGAUCUGAACAAUGCCACGGCUGCCCGCUCCAUGGCUUCGAUCCAUGGUGGGAAGAACGUCUCGUCAUCCGAAUGGCACAGGGUCAACGGAUCGGUCCUACUGACAGGUGGCUACGACUCUAGAAUAGCAUUAACUGACGUUAGAAUACCAGAUGAUUCUGCCAUGUCGAAAUACUGGUCAGUUUCGCCCGGCGAGGAGGUUGAGACGGUCACAUUUGCAGAUGACAAUAUAUUACUGUGCGGUACCGAUGCAGGUAACAUCUACUCCUUCGACAUAAGGAACAAUGAGAAUUCCAAACCCGUGUGGACCCUGAAGGCCCACGAUGCCGGUAUCUCUUCGUUGUGCGCUAACAGGUUUGUUCCAGGGUUGAUGAGCACCGGUGCCAUGGGAGAAAAGGCUGUGAAACUGUGGAAAUUCCCUGUGUCCGACACGAGUUCGAGCAAAGGACCCAGCAUGGUUCUUUCGCGCGAUUUUGGCGUUGGCAACGUGCUGUCGGUGUCCUAUGCUACCGACAUCGAAGUCGCCGGUAACAUGGUUAUUGGUGGUGUCAACAAGGGCCUAAAGCUAUGGGACGUUUUCACCAACAGAGCUGUUCGUAAGGUAUUCUCUAAUGAGUUGAGCGAGCUACAGAGGAGGGCCAGGGACGAAGCUGCUCAAUUGAAUAGGAGCUCCCGAAUCGCUAGAAAGUACACCAAGAACGAUAAUCCCGAGACUGUGAUAACAGUCGACGACCAGCGCGACGACGACCCCGACGAGGCCGAAGAGGGUGAUUGGGAAACCAUGUAA